CAUAUAUAUAUUUAUAUAACUCUCUCUCCUUUCCUUCACUCUUCGAACUAUAUGCGUAUGUAGUGCAGUGUUCAUCUCUUAUUUUGUGAGUAAAGUUUUAAUGGCCAAGAAAUCUCAAAAAACUCUCAAAAACACUUCUACUUCUUCUUCAACCAUGGUGAAACAACGUACACGUAAAAGUAUACCAAGAAAUUCACCUCCACAAAGAAGCUCAAUCUAUAGGGGUGUUACAAGACAUCGUUGGACUGGUCGAUAUGAGGCUCAUUUGUGGGAUAAGAAUUGUUGGAAUGAAUCUCAGAGCAAGAAAGGAAGACAAGUAUAUCUAGGAGCAUAUGAUGAUGAAGAAGCUGCAGCACGUGCCUAUGACUUGGCAGCAUUGAAGUAUUGGGGCCAAGACACAAUUCUCAAUUUUCCAGUAUCAAAUUACCAAGAUGAGCUCAAAGAGAUGGAGAACCUAUCAAAAGAAGAAUAUAUUGGAUCAUUAAGAAGAAAAAGCAGUGGAUUUUCUAGAGGAGUUUCAAAAUACAGAGGAGUAGCAAGACACCACCAUAAUGGAAGAUGGGAAGCUCGAAUUGGCAGAGUAUUCGGCAACAAAUAUUUAUACCUUGGAACUUAUGCUACACAAGAAGAAGCCGCCACAGCAUAUGACAUGGCAGCAAUAGAGUAUAGAGGACUUAACGCCGUUACAAACUUUGACCUUAGCCGUUAUAUCAAUUGGUUACGUCCUAAAAACAAAGACAACAAAAAUAAUAUUAAUAAUAAUCACACUCAAAAUAGUAGCAAUGAUGAAGAGCUAGAUCUUAAUCAGGAACUUGAUGGUAGUGCCACUUCAGCAUCUUCAACGUUUGAUCUUAUUUUAAAAUCAUCAUCAAAAUUCAAAGAAAUGUUAGAAAAUACAUCAUCAGAAAAUAGUCGCACUCCAUCACCUCCUGAAUCAAGUCUUCCGAGUCGUACAUUUCCUGAAGAUAUUCAAACGAUCUUUGAAACUCAAGAUUCAGAAGUCUACACUGAAAAUGAUGAUGAUAUUAUAUUUGGUGAGUUGAGUUCAAUUGCUGCACCAAUUUUUCAUUAUGGGCUUGAUGUUUGAUUAGAAUGAGGAAAUUUUGGACCACUAGAGUCUAACUCAAGUAGUUGAUGUGUAGUAUGUGUUAUCAUUAUCAAUCUCGUUAUACCGAAUUUAAUUCUUUCUGGUAAAAAAAAAAAGAAAAGCGGAAUUGUGGGUUAUUUAUGUAAAAUGUUAUUUAUAUCACUAUAUAUGUUAUUUUCAAAGGGUCAUCAACCAAAAAUAGAUGACAAAGAAAUUAGAAGAAAAGAAAAAAGGAAAACCAAAGGAAGCAAUUUAGAGAAUGUGAGAUUCUUUAGAGAAAAAGGGAUUUGUUAAUUUUGGGUAUUUGUGGUACCAAUCAUUUCUUACAAUUGUGAUCCAACAAGAUGGGCAUGUAAGGAUUUGAUUUUAACAAUUUAGUUUUAUCAUAUAUAUAAAUGUCUCGCAUCAUAUA